GACAUGGAGAACACAAGAGUGCAGCUAUUACUGAGAUUACUGAUAUUACUUUCUCACUGCCUGCAGUUAUCAACCGUACACGCCGCAGAUGGUCGCAGUCUUCACUAUUAUUUCACCACAACCUCACCUCCCGGCCCCGGACAGCCUUACUAUCAUGUUGGUGGAUCUAUCGAUGAUGUGCUUAUUACGAGAUACACCAGUGACAUGCACAAGGUCCAGCCUCUGCUCUCCUGCCUGGAGGAAUCUAUGGACCCUCAGCACUGGGUGAAUCAGACUAGCAUUGCUAAGUAUUAUGAACACAGGCACCAGCAGAUCAUAAAUUAUAUGAUGAGGAAGAAAUUGCUCAGCCAGAAAAAAGGUGACAGGGGCACCUACGUCUUCCAGGUGAAGUUUUGGUGUGAGUUGUUUGGAGAUAACAGCAUCAGUGGAUAUGAGGAGUUUGCAGCCAAUGGGGAUGACUUUAUUGUACUUGAUCCAUUUGAACUUCAGUUUGUGCCAUUAAUACCUGCAGCACACACCCUGACAAGACUGGAACAGCAGGUUUUACGGGGCUAAGAGGCAAAAGUCCUACAUGGAGCAGGAGUGUGUUCUGUGGCUAAAGCAGUACAUGGAGUGUGAGUGUGUGACGGAACGCCUGCGCACAGUCCGGCCACAGGUGAAGGUCUCCAGUCACCGGUCAGACGGGAUCACAAAGCUUCACUGCCUGGUGUACGGAUUUUACCCCCAAACUGUGGUUGUGAAGUGGAUGAGGAAUAGGAGGGAUGUGGUUCUCUCAGAUGAGGUCAAUAAGGUCCUCCCUAACCCUGACGGUACCUAUCAGACCAGAGUUACCAUUGCCAUGGAAGGGCCGGCCGGGGAGGAGGAGCGUUACUCCUGCUCUGUGGAUCACAGCAGCCUGGAGGAGAUACUCUAUGUAACGUUGGAACCCAAAACAAUCGGAAAGUCCUGGCACAUAGGGAUCGUUUUUGCUAUUUUUGUCAUAUCGAUCGCUUUAUUUGUGAUACAAUGGAAAUCAAAUUAACACUAUGCACAAAAGGAUAUCUGGCUGUGCCCCAGAUUGACAUGAUGGCGUACAAAUUAUUCAGGCUCAGUCCAAACAAGGCUUUGUGGGCUAGUAUCAUGGGCAUCAGCAUCCUGAUAGUUGGAACAACUUUGAUGCGGAUUUUCCAUCCUACUUACCUCUACAAGAACGAUAUCGAGACAAGACAAAGUCUAUUGGAGCCAUGGUGUAACUCCUGUCUACAAGUACAUUAUAGAGCUGCAGAACAAUUGCAGAUUAAGGACUGUGGUACCCAUGCCCCAGUUGCUGCCAAUUCCAUAAACUGGGUCCUCUCGUGUCAGAUGAUUACAUUUCUAGUCUUCUGCAGAGAAUCCUAAACUCAUGUAAAUAGUAACUUGUUAUAUUUGUACGGCUAUUGUGCUGUAUUAAUGUAUUUGUUCAUUGUGGUCGGACGCUUCCUAGCCGUCACUGACUGCAUCCUGCGAUCACACGGGAUCUGGACAAUUAAGGGAUUCCCGCUUACAGUCAGUAACCACCUGUUACUGACUCCACCCACUGCGCAGUGGGCGGGUAUGAUGCUGCAACCACCAGACUCCUUAUUCCCAUGACGUCUGGAACCACGGUUCUGCUCAGGCUCCUACCAUCGGUACCUUAAAACCGAAUGCUGCUGUGUAUGCGUCGACUUUGCUGUCACACCACCUGGUUGGCGUUGGCUGACCCCCACUGGUCACUGACCAGGCCUCUGCAAGGUAGCUGGCAGAAGGCAGAGCUUGGAGACGCUGGGCUCGUACCAGGACAGGAGGAAAACGGGGCCGCUUUUGGAGCGUUUCUGCUUGACGCAAGAUGAAGCGGCCGUCUUGAGGCAAAGGUUGUUUAUUUGCUCAAUAGUUCUGAAGUGAACACUUCCUUGUUACCAGGGGAAACAGCAUACAAUAAGAUGUUCACAGCAGAACGAAGAUGGUAUACAUAGACUGAGGCUAGCAGGCUUCUCUUUUUAUACAGUAAGAACACACUACACCUCAGGAGGUAGUUCCGCCCUGGGUUCUUUUCCAUCCAAUCAAACUAUCUUACACGAUGUAUAAAUAAACACAUUACAAAAGGAGAUAAUAACUGAAUUAUUUCCUCCUUCCUGUUACGCAUAGACAAAGUUCUGUAUACUUUAAACAUAAUCGGCAUACUAAAUAGUGCAGCCCAGGAAAUCUUAAAUCAAAGUGUUUCUACACAAACCUACUGGGAAGACACCCUAGUUUGCAUUCGUAAUACACAAUUUGAUUUAGUCUAUUCCUAUUCUGUCUUUCACAUCUCUAAAACUGGUUUGGCUUAUUACACAACAGAAGAUUCGGAUAAGACAGAAAACAAGUCUUUUCACCCUCAUGUGCCUAGAACUGUUACACAGAGACACAUCUAAACCUCAAAGAAAUGGCAUUGCCACAGACCACCUUUCAGGUGCCAGGGUCAUCAACAUCUCAGUAGGUGAGAAGGUUCCAGGGCAAUUUGUCCUUAAAUGUCAAUGCAUUUUAAAACCAAAAGAGCUUGCCUAGAGCAUUAAAUAUAACAUGUUAAAAACACAUUAUUAAACAUGCAUUUACAGUACAUGGCGCCCAGCGCCAAUUUGUCAUACUGAGCCGUAUUGGAAUAAAAUGCUGUUAUACUUA